AUGUGAACGAUGGAGAAGUGCAGACACGUCGGGCAGCUGCGGCUGUCUCGGGACCAUUCCACCCUCAAUCCUCAGAAGUGGCAUUGUGUGGACUGCAAUACUACGGAGUCCAUUUGGGCUUGCCUCAGCUGUCCCCACGUGGCUUGUGGGAGGCACAUCGAAGCGCACGCACUCAGGCACUUUGAGGACAGCAGCCAUCCUGUCGCACUGGAGGUGAACGAGAUGAAUGUUUUUUGCUAUCUCUGUGACGAUUAUGUUCUUAACGAUAAUGCAGCUGGAGACCUGAAGUUACUACGAAGUACAUUAAGUGCAAUCAAAAGCCAGAACCGCCACUGCACCACUCGCAGUGGAAGGAUUCUACGGCCCACGGGUCCAAGUGAUGACUCCCUGUUCUCACGUGACGGUGCUCCGUCUCCGCUUCAGAAUGAAGAUCUAAUGUACACUGCUCUUUGCCACAGGAGGAGGAUGCUGAUGGGCAAAAUCUUUCGAAUCUGGUUUGAGCAAUCACCCAUUAGGCGAAGAAAGCAAGAAGAACAAUUGCAGGAGAAAACAGUGGCGAAAAGAGAAGUGAAGAAAAGACGGCAAGAAUUAGAGCAUCAGGUUAAAGUAGAAUUGGAAAGUGUGCCUCCGAGAAAGAGUUUACGUUUGCAAGGUGUCGCUCAGUCCACCACAGUAGAAAUAGUUCCUGUUCAAGGACCACCACAGACUCCAUCAUCACCAGCAAAACAUAAAGGGCUAUCGACCUCGGAAGAUGGAACAUUUAAAAAAGUCAGAGACUCCUCAGUUAACAGAAGGCCAGAAGUAACUCCUGGUGUAACAGGAUUGAGAAAUUUGGGAAACACUUGCUAUAUGAAUUCUGUUCUUCAAGUGUUGAGUCACUUACUUAUUUUUCGACAAUGUUUUUUAAAGCUUGAUCUGAACCAAUGGCUGGCUGUGACUGCCAGCGAAAAGACCAGAUCUUAUAAGCAUCCCCCAGUAACAGAUACAGUAGCACAUCAAAUGAAUGAAUGCCAGGAAAAGGACAUAGGCUGUGUUCGCUCCAGACAUCCAAGUUUAUCAUCAGGAUUAAGUGGCGGAGCAUCAAAAAGUCGAAAGAUGGAACUUAUUCAAGCUAGGGAGCCAAGUUCACAAUACAUUUCUCUUUGUCAUGAAUUACAUACUUUGUUCCAAGUCAUGUGGUCUGGAAAGUGGGCCUUGGUCUCACCGUUCGCUAUGUUACACUCAGUGUGGAGACUAAUUCCUGCUUUUCGUGGUUAUGCCCAACAGGAUGCUCAGGAAUUUCUUUGUGAACUUUUAGAUAAAAUACAACAUGAACUGGAGACAACUGGUACCAGCUUACCAGCUCUUAUCCCCACAUCCCAAAGAAAACUUAUCAAGCAAGUUCUGAAUGUUGUAAAUAACAUUUUUCAUGGACAGCUUCUUAGUCAGGUUACAUGUCUUGCAUGUGACAACAAAUCAAAUACCAUAGAACCUUUCUGGGACUUGUCACUGGAAUUUCCAGAAAGAUACCAGUGCAAUGGAAAAGAUAAUGCUUCCCAGCCAUGUCUAGUUACUGAAAUGUUGGCCAAAUUUACAGAAACCGAAGUAUUAGAAGGAAAAGUCUACGUAUGUGACCAGUGUAACUCAAAGCGUAGAAGGUUUUCUCCAAAACCAGUUGUACUCACAGAGGCCCAGAAGCAGCUGAUGAUCUGCCACCUGCCUCAGGUUCUCAGGCUACAUCUCAAGCGGUUCAGGUGGUCAGGACGUAAUAACCGAGAGAAGAUUGGUGUUCAUGUUGGCUUUGAGGAAAUCUUAAACAUGGAGCCCUAUUGCUGCAGGGAGACCUCGAAAUCCCUCAGACCAGAAUGCUUUAUCUAUGAUUUAUCUGCUGUAGUAAUGCAUCAUGGGAAAGGAUUUGGCUCAGGACACUACACUGCCUACUGCUAUAAUUCUGAAGGAGGAUUCUGGGUACACUGCAAUGAUUCCAAGCUAAGCAUGUGCACUAUGGAUGAAGUAUGCAAGGCCCAAGCUUAUAUCUUGUUUUAUACCCAGCGAGUUACUGAGAAUGGAAAUUCUAAACUUUUGGCUCCAGAGCUCCUGUCUAGUAGCCAGCAUUCCUAUGAAGAUGCUGAUACCUCUUCUAAUGAAAUCUUUAGCUGAUCCAGACAGUGGGGCUUUCUUCCUGGGAUUUGUAUAUACUUUGAAGGGUUGACUUAUGAGCUUCCUUGCUCUUUUUCAUACGAAUCAGCGUACACUACAUUUUACACAUUUUGUAUCUAACUAAAAAAAAAAUCUUAAAAAAUAUAUGUAUCAA